UCCCAUCUUCUCUUCUUGGUAACCGUUGUUUCUUCUCUCUGUUUUCUCUGUAAACCCUCCCUUGCAAACCCUACAUUUCAUGCUUAUUAUUCAGCUUUAUCUGCAAUUCAAUCAGACAAAAACGAGUCUCAGAGACCUAUACAUAUUUGCUUCGUAUCUUUCAAGCAGCUCAGGCGGCUGGUAAAUUCGGCUCCAUGGACGCGCGUCGGGGCUCCGUCACGGUGCCUAAGGUCCGCCAAGUGGGCUUCUUCACGCCCAAUGCGCCAUCGCAGACACAGCCGAGUAGGACUCAAUCCUGUCCCCCAGAAUCUAACUCUCCGCCGCUCUCAGAUUCUCCUGCCAGCAAUUCGCUCUCCCCUGUCAUGAUCCCGCCUCCGCGCCACCUCUCUGACAACCUCGCCUCCCGCGCUGCGCCGCUUCCGGUUCCUGACCAUGCCUUCCGUCGGCAUGGCUCUGGAGAGCACGCGCUGCCGGUAGGCAGUUAUAACCCAUCAGAAUCGCUUCUGGGGGCCUCGCCGCCAUCGAGCAGUGGCAGGCUUGUGGAUGGAGAGUUCUCGGAGGAUUCGAGCUCCUUGGGGUGGUUCCGCAGAAGCAAUUCCGCUAAGUUCGCUUCGAGCUUUCCGAGCGGCGGUUUCAAUCUGACACCGCAAGUGGUUAAAGCUCCCGAGAAAUUACCGGCGGAAAAUGCCGUUCCAAUGAAUUCGGAAAUGACGAGGAGCAUUGGAUUGACUGAAAAAAAUGUGGGCCCUGCUGAACCAGCAAAAGAGCCACCAUCAAGUUCCAAAACUCUGAAAGCUAAAACCACAAAAGCUGAACGGCGUGCCUUGCAAGAGUCUCAACGAGCUGCAAAAGCUGAGGGAAAGAAAGCCCCAGCUUUAUCUGAGGGGGCAACUUUUGGCAAACCUGUGAAGCAGCCUCCACAAAAGAAAGAUAGUCCGUCUGUGGCCUCUUCAGCUGCAGCUUCUGAAAAGAAGGGAGUUGAACGUCCUCCAGAAAAAGAGAAGAAGAAAGAUGUUCUUCCCCCACGCAUGCAAUUUGAUGACAAGAGUCGAGUUGAGAAGGCAAAAAAGCGUGCUGUAGUCAAGCAAACUGAGGCUAAGAACAGAGUUGAAUUGUUUCGCCAUCUUCCUCAGUAUGAACACGGGACUCAACUUCCUGAUCUGGAGUCUAAGUUUUUUCAACUUGAUCCUAUGCAUCCUGCUGUUUACAAGGUAGGAUUGCAGUUCUUGGCGGGAGAUAUAUUUGGGGGCAAUGCUCGUUGUAUUGCAAUGCUUCAGGCAUUUCAGGAAGCCAUCAAAGACUACUCUGCACCGCCAGAAAAAACUUUAGCUAGAGAUUUGGCUGCCAAAAUUAGUAGCUAUAUCUCAUUUUUGAUCGAAUGCCGACCGCUUUCUAUGAGCAUGGGAAAUGCAAUCAGGUUUCUGAAAAGCCGUAUUGUCAAGUUACCUUUAACUCUUUCUGAAUCAGAAGCUAAAGCUUCCCUCUGUUCAGAUAUCGAUCGUUUUAUAAAUGAGAAAAUAAUAGUUGCAGACAAGGUGAUUGUUAGACAUGCUGCUUCAAAGAUAAGAGAUGGAGAUGUCCUUCUCACGUAUGGAACAUCCUGUGUUGUGGAGAUGAUGUUGUUAUAUGCUCACGAGCAGGGGAAACAGUUUCGUACUGUGGUAGUGGACUCACGUCCGAGGCUUGAGGGCCAAAAGCUUCUUCAUAGGCUGGUGGCCAAGGGUCUGAAUUGUACAUAUACUCACAUAAAUGCAGUUUCUUAUAUUAUGCAUGAAGUAACGCGAGUUUUUCUUGGGGCCUCCGCAGUCUUGUCUAAUGGAACUGUAUAUUCAAGAGUUGGGACUGCAUGUGUUGCUAUGGUUGCUCAUGCAUUCAGGGUUCCAGUUAUAAUCUGCUGUGAAGCCUAUAAAUUUCACGAAAGGGUUCAGUUGGACUCAAUCUGCUCUAAUGAACUAGGUGAUCCGGAUUCCAUAAGAAAGGUCCCUGGCAGAAGGGAUGUAAAUUAUCUUGAUAAAUGGACCGAAAAGGAUAAUUUCCAGCUCCUGAGUUUAAUGUAUGAUGCUACUCCAUCGGAAUACGUGUCUAUGAUAAUCACCGAUUAUGGCAUGAUCCCUACAACAAGUGUGCCUGUCAUUGUGCGUGAAUACCGGAAGGAACACUUGUUAAUAUAGAAAUGUUUGGCGGUGGCUAGAUCAAGGAAGCUUUUUCGUGCUUCAGUUUCUGAGGUGAAAGUCAUCCUCUGAUGAAAGCAAAACUUAGAAUAGCAAAAGAUAGAAGCCUUUUUUCUUAAAAAAAGUUUUUAAAAUUUGAGCAUGUACGGUUGUUAGGCAUCAUUUAAUUUCAAAUUGACGAUUUUCUGAUUUGUCAAAUUUGCUUGAAUUCGAUAUUCUUCUUCAUGAUUAUGACUGGAGUAAGGACAGAGCAGUCCAAAUAA